AUGAGUAACAUGCGUGGUAAAGAAGUAGUCGUCCAGAGUAUAUAUGAUCUUUGCUUGGUACCAGAUGUGGAUAUACCCCCAAAAUUCAAGAUGCCUGUGUUUGAGAAAUACCAGGAGGACUCGUGUCCACAAAAUCAUCUAACCAUGUAUAUUACGAAGAUGAUAGCUUACAGGAACAACGUACCUUUGCUCAUUCAUUGCUUCCAGGACAGUUUGACCGGUCCUGCACAUACUUGGUUUAUGGGAUUGAAGGGCAUCACUACGUUUGAACAGUUGGCUGACGCUUUCAUGCAACAAUACAAAUACAACACGUAUCUGGCGCCUAGUCGCAAAGAGUUGCAGUCCUUGACCCAGAAGGACAAAGAAUCAUUCAAAGAGUAUGCACAACGCUUCAUCCAGAAGGCCUCCCAGAUUCGUCCGCCCUUGGAUGAAAGGGAAUUAUCCGAGAUGUUCUAUGAGACUCUGAGCCCUUGCUAUUCAGAGAAAAUGAUUGUUUGUGCAUCACAGAAAUUCACCGACCUGGUAGAGACGGGGAUACGUAUUGAGGAUUGGGCUCGUAAGGGAGCUGGUACUUCAGGUGGUUCUGCAGGAAGUUCGUCUAAUGGUAACAAGAAGUUUGGUAAUGGUUACUCAAAGAGGAAUGCUCAAGAAGUCGGCAUGGUGGCCCAUGGAGGAUCUCAGCCUGUGUACCCUAAUCAUCCUUAUGUUGCUAACAUUACCCCACAAAUGACCGCUCCCCAGAUCCCAAAUUAUCGACCACCAAGACCUCAAGGACCUUCACCGUACUAUCCACCACUAUAUCAACUACCAUAUAACCCACAACAAUUCCCUCAACAACCCUACUACCCUCAACAACCAUACCAGCAAAGACCACAAUACCCACCACAACAACAACCCCGUCCUCAAGCUCCCUACAAUCAGCAGAAUCAAAAACAACAGUUUGAUCCCAUACCAAUGACUUAUGGAGCAUUACUUCCUUCCUUGCUCGCGCAAAACCUGGUUCACACACUACCACCCCCUCACAUUCCAGAUCCUCUCCCACGUUGGUACCGUCCUAAACUUCAUUGUGUUUAUCAUCAAGGGGCAGCAAGUCACGAUGCGGAACGUUGUUAUGCCCUCAAGAAAGAGGUCCAAAAACUGCUCAAUAGCAAAGAGUUAACCUUCGCCGACCCUGAUCAUGUUGCCCAGAACAAUCCCCUACCUCCCCAUGGGCCUGCUGUUAAUAUGAUUCAAGACUAUCAGGAAGAUGCUUGCAUUCUCUACGCAUGUGACAUCAAGACCCCUUUGGUACCGAUACAUGUGAAAAUGUGUGAAGUGGCUCUCUUCAGUCACGAUCACGAGGCUUGUGAUGUAUGUUCGGUGGAUCCCCGUGGUUGCAUGCAAGUCUAG